GUCAUGCUAGAAUGGGUACGAAGCACAUGUGACAUGACCAUUGAACUUCACCUCAAAAUAGUGUGUGUGCGUGUAUAAAUUGAGGCUGUGGUGGCUCAUUUGGAUGAAGUGGUCAUGGAAGAGUUCAAGCACUUAGUGGUGGUUAAGUUCAAGGAAGAGGUGGUGGUGGAAGACAUUCUGAACGGCAUGGAGAAGCUUGUUUCCGAGAUGGACACUGUCAAGUCCUUUGUCUGGGGAAAGGACAUUGAAAGCCAGGAGAUGCUUAGGCAAGGAUUCACUCAUGCAUUCUUGAUGACAUUCAAGAGCAAGGAUGAUUUCACUGCUUUUAUUAGCCAUCCCAAGCAUAUGGAGUUCUCUGCUACUUUUUCGACUGCAAUUGACAAGAUUGUGCUGCUUGAUUUCCCAGCUGUUCUUGCCAAGCCACCACCUGCAUGACCAAUACUAUCUAUCUAUC